AUGUCAGCAUCACAGGGCGUCCAAAAGAAGACUCGCAAGUUCGCCACGGUCAAGCGCAUAAUCGGACAGCGGGACGCGCGCCUCAAGAAGAACCAGCUCAAGGGCGAGGUCGAAGCGAAGAAGAAAGGGGACGAUGUAGUGCGAGAAAUACCACAAGUCUCAUCCUCCCUUUUCUUCCAGUACAACACCGCGCUUGUCCCGCCUUAUUCGGUCUUGGUUGACACGAAUUUUUUGAGCCAUAGCAUCCAGCGGAAGCUCGAGCUGCUGCCGACAAUGAUGGACUGCCUGUAUGCCAAAUGCACGCCUGUUAUAACCUCUUGUGUGAUGUCGGAGCUCGAGAAGCUCGGCCAGAAAUACAGGUUAGCUCUCCGCAUAGCCCGAGAUGAGCGGUGGGAGCGGCUACAGUGCGACCACAAGGGGACGUAUGCAGACGACUGUAUUGUCGACAGAGUCAUGAAGCAUAAGAUCUAUAUCGUCGCGACAAACGAUCGAGAUCUGAAGCGGAGAAUAAGAAAGAUACCCGGCGUGCCGAUUAUGAGUGUUGCAAGAGGAAAAUUCGUCAUCGAGAGGUUGCCUGAUGCCCCGGAAAAAUAA